UUUUUUUUUUUAUAGGUCGGCUGUUUCCUGCACCUACGCCACCUUGUUUAACUUACUGCACUCUUUCAGACGAGCUUAAUCUAUUAAAACGUGUAUUAAAACAUCCACCUGUACUGAGGUUUAUGUAGGAUCAUGAGUUUCUUGUACCUGAAAGGUGUUGUGUUUUUCACCUUCAUACCUGUAGUGCUGAAUCUCAAACUUAUGGAUAAUGGGCUCUCUCUGAACUGUACACAAGAGAAAGUACCAUGUAAAGCAGAGUUUAAUAAUUGCAUGUAUAAAGGAUGGCUCAUUCCUUCAGAUUUCACUCCCAGCGGCCCUGAUGAUUUAAAAGUGUAUGUUGACGUGAGAAGAAAUAUGGAAGAUGAUUUGGAGCCAGUGAUUGUGGCUGAAUGGAAAGCAAAGGAUGACGGAAGCAUAAAGGAUUUGAGAGGAACAGAGCUUAGUGUGAUGAAAUCCUCCACCAAUGAGCAUCUGUGUGUUCAUUUCAAUUUCCUGCAGGCAUUUUCGAAGAUGAGAAAUGAUCAUGAUGAAAAGUGGUCUUUUUCUCUGGAUAAAGUUGUGGUAGUUCCAGGCAGUAAAUAUGUAGUGACUGUCUCCAACCUUCCCAAGCCAAAUUUACAACACACUAGUUACAAUGUUAACCGAACAGUUAAUGUUCCAGGUUGUGGCGAUCCUUUGAUGCGAACGACCAAAAUCUGUAUUGAGAGAGGGGAAACAUGGCAACCCAAUAUUACUGUGGAGAGGACUACAGGUCUGAAUGGCAAGGAUAUUCUGUAUGUUGCGUUUAAUCCUGGAGAGAAUGCGGAGAAAUACAACGUUUUUGUAAUGUGCAGUAAGGACCGUGUAACGAAGACUCUUUAUAAUGAGAGCAAGACUUUACUAAAUGUGACAUAUGGCCUGGAGAACUGGCCACGUACAUGCUGCAAUUUCGAUGUUCAGAUCCAGCCAUUUUUUCGGAAGUGUGCCAACGACUGUCGUCGAAUAAACCAUAGUUGUAACAUAUGUGUCCCUGGACCAACAAGCCCUCCUGAGACCAACUCAGUAUUUUGGAUUAUUUGUGUCGGAUUAUGCCUCCUAAUUUGUGGCAUUGGUGUUUUUGCCAUUUAUUUGCAAUGCAGGAAACAACAGAAAGGUGCAGAAAAGCCACUGGAAGAAACACCUCUAGAACCGCCAGUUCUACCCGGCCAACGAUGCAUAUUGAUCAUCUACUCCAGAGAUCACCCUCUUUACACAGACAUAGUCCUGAAGCUUUGCGCCUUCCUGCGGGCUAAAUGCGGCACUGAGGUUGUGUUGGACCUACUUGACGUGACUUGGCUUGGCACCAUUGGCCGGCUGCAGUGGAUUGAGCAAAAAAAGCGAUACAUUGAGCAGACGUCAAACAAGAUCUUGGUCCUCUGCUCCCCAGGAGUGCAAGCCAAGUGGGGGGCGAUCUGCGGAGAGCCUCGAGUCCUCCUCCGAGAGGAUGUGCGCUCUCCGAUCGGAGAUAUGCUUACUCUCGCCCUUCAGCUGAUUACACCUGAUAUGCAGCGUCCGGCUUCCUACGGGAUGUAUUUGGUGGCUUACUUUGAAGAUGUAUGCAGUGCCGGCGAUGUGCCGUCUUUGUUUGACAUUGCGGUCAAAUACAAGCUGAUGAAGCACUUCGAGGAGCUUUACUUCCGUAUCCUGGAUGUGGAGAAGUAUCAGCAAGGGAUGGUGCACUGUAUCGAGGGUAUUGGAAAGGAAGAGUACUUCAAAUGCCCCUCGGGCGAAGCGUUGAGGAAUGCGAUCGAAGCCUUCCAGGUGCACCAAAUGAAGAAUCCGGACUGGUUUGAGAAAGAGUGUGUGACUAGCGAGGAGGAUGUGAGAGGAGAAACUGACGCCCUUAUUGAGGAGUCCAUUCCGCCAAUACGUGAAUUAGUGCCGGUGUAUAACAACGGACUCCCAAUCCUUGUAAAAGAGGUGGACAUCCGUCAAGACACACGGAGCGUGUGCACCGUAAUUCCCCAAAUUCACGAGAAUCCUGAAGAGACGCCCAUAAUGAUUAUUAAUCCUAGAAUCCAGCCAGAUAACAGAGAAGUACUUUCCUAUUAUCCGGCAAUAGAACGUCCUCUUGAAAUACCCAGUGUGACACCAGUGGACCCACAAAUCCAUCCGUAUCUUCUUGCCGAACCAGUACCGGUGGAAACCUCAGAUCCUCCUAUCGCGUUUCCAAUGGGAGAACCGUCAGAUAAUUAUCUGAAGGACAGCAGAAUGCGCUUUUUAGUAGCACCUCCACCCUCGAUGGAGGACAGCUUCCAUUUAUAUGGAGAGAUGUCCCAGCCAGUGGAGAUGGAGGAAAGUGAAAUGGAGGUAGCUUCUGAGAUGAGACCGUCACGAGGGUCCGAUCAGGGAUACGGUUCCAGGUAUUCCACAGUGAGAGAAGACCCCAAGCUUCAGGAAGACCUUUCCUCUCUAGCCAAGUUACAAAUGGAACUUUUACUGAAAAGCCCCAUCUCUUCAAAUUUCUGCAACAAAACAAUGGAGAUCUGAAUUUCUUCAGUGUCUUUUGGCUGGUCGUCAGACCUAAAACAUUCGAACGGAAGGUCAAUAGGAAAUAGGCUAGAUGGAUAAUGAGUUCAGUGAUCAGCUGAUUUAUAAAUGUUUCAUCAAUAGCAAAUUAUUAGACACAAACACAAAGGUGUGAUUUGUUCACUUUUACUAUGGAGCAGAACAAGUACCUUGUUAAACAACUUGAUAUAGAACAGCACAGCACAUGAUUAAGGUUAUGUUUAGCUACCGAACACAAGUCUAAGUCAUUUGGUUGGGCUUGCAAUGAUACAUUUGUCCUGUUUUUCAUAUUAAUUGCUCAGACGAAAUGUUUCAUAAUUUGUAUUAUAUUGCACUAGAGUUACUUUUUUAAUAGUUUAUUCCAGUUUAACAGCUAUAACCAUCUACUAUGGAAGUUUGUGUAAAAUUGUUUAUGAGUAGAUGUCUUUGGUAAUCUUUUGUUGUGUGCUUUUUACUAUAAUUUAGAUAAAGAAUCACUUUAUUUGCUUCAUCAGACUUUGGAACUCAAAUUACUUUUUAACCAAUUUAACCAGGAUACUUCCAGACCCUUGCAGCUGUUACAGUGCAAACAAUGUCUUGUGUAAACAUAACAGUAACUUAACUUGCAAAAUAAAGCCCUUGCAAGAAAAUCCUCUGUAAAACGUUGUGGAACAAUAGAGAGAGAGGUGGGGUUGGAAGUUGA